AUGGAAUUUGUUCCUAGUACUAUAAUCUCUCUUAAAGCUCUUCUUUCCUUUUCUAUGCUUUUUGCAACUUUCGCCACCAUUUUUGAUUUCAAAAACUGUGAGUUCCCGGCAAUCUUUAACUUUGGUGACUCCAACUCCGAUACUGGUGGGUUGGCUGCUGCUUUCACUCCUCCUAACUUUCCGAAUGGAGAGACUUACUUUGACAUGCCAGCUGGGAGAUACUGUGAUGGAAGGCUUAUAAUAGAUUUCAUUUCAAAGAAUCUUGAUCUUCCGUAUCUGAGUGCAUAUUUGAAUUCUCUGGGUACGAACUUCACACAUGGAGCAAACUUUGCUACUUCAUCAUCCACCAUUAUCAUACCGACUAGUAUUAUUCCUAAUGGUGAAUAUAGUCCUUUCUACCUCCAAGUACAGUAUCAGCAAUUCUUGCAAUUCAAAGCCAGGUCACAGUUGAUUAGGGAAAAAGGAGGAAUAUUUGCGAAGUUGAUGCCCCAGCAAGAAUAUUUUGAAAAAGCUUUAUACACAUUUGAUAUUGGUCAAAAUGAUCUUGGGGCUGGAUUUUUCAGUAUGGCUGUUGAGGAAGUGAACGCAUCCGUCCCUGAUAUGAUUACUGCAUUUUCAACAAAUGUUGAGCUCGUGUACAAUUUGGGAGCUAGAUCAUUCUGGAUUCAUAACACUGGACCAAUUGGUUGUCUUGGUUACAUUUUAGUUGGUUUUCCCAAAGCAGAGAAAGAUGAUGCAGGUUGCGCAAAGCCGUAUAAUGAAGUAGUUCAAUACUUUAAUCACAAGUUGAAGGAGAGUGUAUUUCAGCUCAGGAAAGAUUUUCCAGCAGCUGUAUUCACAUACGUAGAUGUUUAUUCUCUCAAGUAUGCUUUGUUCAGAGAACCCGAAAAAUAUGGAUUUGAGCUUCCUUUUGUAGCAUGUUGUGGCUAUGGCAACCAGUAUAACUAUAGCAGUAGUGCUGUAUGUGGAUCAACAAUUACAAUAAAUGGCACCCAGAAAACAGUGGGUUCAUGUGAUCGCCCCUCGGUACGUGUAAUUUGGGAUGGGGAGCACUACACUGAAGCUGCAAACAAAUUUGUUUUUGAUCAGAUCUCUACAGGAGUCUUUUCUGAUCCACCUAUUCCUUUGAAAAUGGCAUGUCGCAGGAUUGCAGACAUUUAG